AUGGGAACUGAAGGACCCAUGAAGGCCAACAAGUGGUUACUAGAUCUCGACUGGAUUAUCAUGGUAAGUGGUUGUACAGAGGAGCAGAAAGUACAGAAUUUGGGGCAUCUACUACAAGGAGAAGCCGGUACCUGGUGGGAUACCAAGAAGCAACUAUUAAUAAGGGAAUUGGGCAAUAUCACUGCUUUGACUUGGGAAAGGUUCAACGAGGAGUUUGAUAAUCAAUUCUUCCCUGAAUCGAUGAAGACCCAGAAGGCUCAAGAGUUUGCCACUAUGGUGCAAGGCAAUCUCACAGUUGAACAAUAUGCUACAAAAUUCAUGGAGUUGGGAAGGUUUGCUCCAUAUCUGAUCACCACUGAAAAGAUGCAAGCUUAUAAGUUCCAAGGAGGACUGCAACCCUAG